CACCAAAACCCCCCAGCCCUGCCCUGUCUAUCGCCUCCUCUCUUUUUCGACAUAUCACGAAUCACGAUCCACUCACAACCCUACACCCUCUAAUAACACCGCCCUCUGCGCUUGAAUCGGCUUCCUCGGCUUCAAUCACACUUCGGUGGUUUAAUCUGCUUCCCCAGUCGCCCACUUCCACGCUGUCGUUCCUUAAUUGCUCCCUGACCCCUCUUCUCCGCUCCAUUCGGCCAACCAGAAUCCGAUCCCCCGCCCCCAACCUCACCACCAGACUCAUCCACCCCGCUCCCUGCUGCGCCGAUAUAUCGUCUUCAAGCCCCGCCUUGAGGGGCUCCUCUGGCACAGCGUCGGUCAUGAACGGUGUACGCGAGACCAGGCCCGACAGGCCUACUCUGAACGCCCUGGAAACCGACCAAGUCGAUACCCCUCUAGCCUCCCCCGACACCGAAUCCCAGAAAUGCUGCAGCGACUCAUACCACAGUAACUCGGAUACUUCAUCGCCGUCGUCGACGACUACCCCGCCUCUGAACCCAUAUCGACGCACUGUCCGCACCACGAUACAGAAGGUCAACUCGAACUUGAUCACCUUCACGCCGGCGUCGACGAAACCGGGAGAGCACCCAUACGAGGAUCCUACGAUUACAAUCUCUUCCGAUGAGACACGGAGUGCUCUGGAGGCGGCGGCGGCGCUGCUCAGGAAUGGGCAGUGCGUGGCAUUCCCCACCGAAACAGUCUACGGUCUCGGCGCGGAUGCUACCUGCAACACCGCCGUGCGAUCGAUCUAUUCCGCCAAGUCCCGGCCCGCAGAUAACCCGCUGAUCGUUCACAUUGCGUCUUUGAAACAGCUGCGCAGGCUAUUACCCCGCCCAUUCUCCCCCGCCCGCUUGCCGCUGCCAAUGGUCACGCCUGAAGAAGAACCGAUCGAGGAGGAAACAAUCCCAGCAGUAUAUCUACCGCUGAUCGAAAAGUUUUGGCCAGGUCCUCUUACCAUCUUACUGCCCUUGCCGAUCCCCAGCCCUCUCAGCCCUUAUGUUACCUCCACCCAACCAACUUUUGCCGCGCGUAUGCCCCGCCACCCCAUCGCGCUUGCGCUUGCGGCGAUCUCCGACCUGCCACUCGCCGCACCUUCCGCAAAUGCCAGCGGGAGACCCUCCCCAACUACUGCGCAACACGUUUACACAGAUUUGAACGGAAAAAUCCCCCUGAUCAUCGACGGUGGUUCAGCGGAUGUGGGACUCGAAUCGACAGUCGUCGAUGGACUCCACGAUCCCCCCGUAGUGCUACGCCCCGGCGGUAUCAGUGCAGAGGAGCUCCGCGCAUGCGGUGGCAUCUGGGAGAAGGUGGUGGUCGCAAAACGGGAUGCCGACGACGGCGACACGGCACCGCGCGCUCCGGGGAUGAAGUACAAGCACUACUCACCUCGCGCGGGCGUAGUCCUCUACGACGUUGGAGCGAACCCGCCCGCCGGCCGCGACAUCUUCAGCUCGGCGCGGUACGUCUGCCGCGUCGGCAUCGUUCGCACACGCACGUGGAAAGAGGGCUUCGCACAGGCGGAGGUGAAGGCCUACUGCCAGAAGCACGGCCCACUGCAGAUCGAAAUCUUCGAGCGGAAUCUCGGCAGCGACGGGAAGGAUAUCGGACGAGGCCUGUUCGCUGUGCUCAGAGAGCUCGACGAGAUCGGCGUCGAUGUCAUCCAUGUCGAGGGCAUCGAGGAGACGGAGGAGGGCCUGGCUGUCAUGAACCGCCUUGGCAAGGCCGCUAGUGUCGUCGUUAGAAAGGUUUCGCGGUAGGGGCGGGGUGGUGGCGGGCGGCGAGUGGGAG